AUGCCACAUCCAGUUCUGGAGUCUGUAUUUCAGCUGCAGAAGAGCCAGGUGGCCCUGGGAGCUCCGCCUCCGCCGGCGCGACCGGGCACACUGCCCGGACCGGUACUCAGGGGGCCCAGGCCUGCUGGAGGCAUGGGGGGCACCGCCUUCCACCCCGAGAGCCCCGCGGGCCCUGCGGCACAGUACCAGAGGCCUGGCAGGUCACCAGGGAGCCGGAUGCCCAUGGCUGGCUUGCGGGUGGGACCCCCUGCCGGCUCCCCAUUUGACGCAGCUGCCCCACUUCGACCUGGCAUGCCACCCACCACGAUGGUCCCAUUCCGAAAACUCCUGCUGGUGCCCCAGGCCCAGCUCCCGGUGCCUGCCCAGUGCCGGGGGUUAAAGAGGAGGAAGGUGGCAGAUAAAGUUCUACCUCAGCGAAUUUGGGAGGUUGUCCCAGAGCCUCAGGCGUGCACGGAUCUCUUGGCUUUUGAGUGGAAGCUGGACCAGACCGUUGCUCGAAAGCGGAUGGAGAUCCAGGAGGCCAUCAAAAAGCCUCUGAUGCAAAAACGAAAGCUGCGGAUCUAUAUUUCUAAUAUGUUCAUUCCCAGCAAGGCAGAAGGUGAUAGUGCAGGAACCGCAGGGACUCCCGGGGGGAACCCCGCAGGGCACAAGGUGGCUUCCUGGGAACUCCAAGUAGAGGGAAAACUGCUGGAUGAUCUUAGGAAACAGGAGAGGAAGUUUUCUUCAUUCUUUAAGAGCCUCGUCAUUGAGCUGGACAAGGAACUGUAUGGGCCUGACACCCAACUGGUGGAGUGGCACCGGAUGCCCACCACCCAGGAGACAGAUGGCUUCCAGGUGAAAUGGCCUGGAGACCUCAACAUCAAGUGCGCGCUCCUGCUCAUGCUGGAUCAUCAGCCUCCCCAGUACAAGUUGGACCCCCGACUGGGGAGGCUGCUGGGGGUGCACACACGGACGAGGGCUGCCAUCAUGCAGGCCCUGUGGCUCUACAUCAAACGCAACCAGCUGCAGGAUGGCCACAAGCGGGAGUACGUCAACUGCAACUGGUACUUCCGCCAGAUCUUCACUUGUGGCCGACUGCGUUUCUCUGAGAUUCCCAUGAAGCUAGCCAGGUUGCUGCAGCAUCCAGACCCCACUGUCGUCAACCAUGUAAUUAGCGUGGACCCUAACAACCAGAAGAAGACAGGCUGUUAUGACAUUGAUGUGGAGGUGGUUGACCCACGCAAGGCCCAGAUGAGCAAUUUUCUGGCCUCUACCACCAAUCGGCAGGAGAUUGCCUCCCUCGAUGUCAAAAUCCAUGAGACCAUUGAGUCCAUCAACCAGCUGAAGACCCAGAGGGAUCUCACGCUCAGUUUUAGCACUGACCCCCAGGACUUCAUCCAGGAAUGGCUCUGUUCCCAGCGCUGGGACCUCAAGCUUAUCACUGAUGUGAUUGGGAAUCCUGAGGAGGAGAGACAAGCUGCUUUCUACCACAAGCCCUGGGCCCAGGAACCAGUGGGGAGGCACAUCAUUGCCAGGGUGCAGCAGCAAAGGCAGCAACUGGGACAGGUGCUGGGAAUCCACCUGACCUAACUGCUCAGGGAUCCCUUCCUUUCUUCCCAGCCCUGGAGCCACCCCCUCCUCAGCCUGGAAGGGGAACACCCUCUGGGGCACAGAC